UUGGUGGCCGCUCCAGCGCCCAGCCCGCCGGGAAGAGCCACCCGGAAGUGGGGCGGGAGAGGGGGCGGUUCCCAUAGCAACCGCCGCGGCCGCCAUGUCCUUCAAGCGGGAGGGGGACGACCCCGAUCAGCUGGGAGUGCUGCAGAAAAGACGCGUCGCUGACCUUUUGGCCAACUACAUCCCCGAGGAUGAGGCGCUGCUGCUGCGGAGCGGGAGGUACGCCUGCACCGUGUGUGCCCACCGCCCCAUCUUCGACACGCUGGAUGUGCUGACGGUCCACAGGGCUGGCAAGAAGCACAUGGGCAGCCUGCAGCGCUUCUAUGGCAGAAAGCGGCGGCUCCAGGACGCAGUACAGAAGCGGCAGCACGAGGAGGAGGUGCGGGCAGAGGACACAGGAGCGCAGGGCUCCCCGGCCCCUCUGCUGGCCCGGACCAGGAGGAUCGCCCACAGCGCUCUGCUCAAGGCAGCUCCCUACAGCUCCUGCUGCCGCAGGACGGGGGCAGAGGGGAGCAGCCCACGAGCUGGUGUCACCCGGAUAGGGGCAAGCGCUGCCCCAACACCUCUGGAGCCGUCGCAGAAGGCCGGGGACACCGUGGACACCAGCCCCGCGGCUCUGCUGCCGGGACACCGCGGCGAUCGAGCGGACACACCAAAGGCAGCUCCGGCACGGCCGCAGCGAGGCAGCAAGGGAAAAGCGGCGGCUCUGAGCCGGUCCGAAAGGCUCAGCCCCGAGCGGCGCCGGGUGCUGGAGCGAUACCUGCAGCUGCGGAGCGCCGGCUGGAUCCAGGACCCCUCCGGCAAGUGGGUGAAGGACGAAAACGCCGAGUUCGACUCCGACGAGGAGGAGCCGCCUGCGCUGCUGCCGGCCUGAGCCCAACGCUGUCCCCAAGCACGGUCCCCAGGCUGUCCCCAACCCCCCCGGUAAUAGAGAAAGCUGGAAAGGA